AGACUAUGUCUGAAGAUCUUUCUGUGCUGGAGAAGUUCAUGAAGAUGAAGGAAUCGUUCAAGAGUCAUCAAAGCCAUGAUUACCCAGAAUGCAGUGAGAGAGAGCAGGAGGAUCCUGAGGUCCUGUACAUUGUUGAGAAGAUGCUGGAGAUAUGUGGCAGUGAGAGUUCUCUGAAGAUCACACUCCACAUCCUGAGGAACAUGAAGCAGAAGGAUCUCACUGACUCACUGGAGAGAGAGCAGCACACCCAGCAGGAACUGAAAACCGAUCUGAAGACGAAGUUUGAAUGCAUAUUUGAUGAAUGUUUAGUAGAGCCGGGCAACACAACUCUCUUCAAUGAGAUCUAUACAGAGAUCUACAUCACAGAGGGGGGAAGUGGGGAGGUGAAUAAUGAGCAUGAGGUCAGACAGAUUGAGACAGCAUCCAAGCGACAAACCACCCAGGAGACUCCAAUCCUCUGCAAUGACAUCUUUAAGCCUUUAUCUGGACAAGAGAAACGCAUCAAAACUGUGCUUACAAAAGGCAUCGCUGGCAUUGGGAAAACCGUCUCUGUGCAGAAGUUCAUUCUGGACUGGGCAGAAGGAAAAGCCAAUCAGGACGUUGAUUUCAUCUUCACUCUUCCUUUCCGAGAUCUGAAUCGGAAGAAGGAAGAAGCAUUCAGUCUGAUGCAACUUCUGCAGCACUACUUUCCACAACUGAAAGAGAUCAAAAGUGUUGAAGGUGAUGAAGUUAAAGUUGUGUUUAUCUUUGAUGGUCUGGAUGAGUGUCGACUCCCUCUACAGUUCCAAAGCAAUGAGAUCUGCUGUGAUAUAACAAAGUCAUCAUCAGUGGAUGUGCUGCUGACCAACCUCAUUAAGGGGAAUCUGUUUCACUCUGCUCGCCUCUGGAUCACCUCCCGACCUGCAGCAGCCAAUCAGAUCCCUCCUGAGUGCAUCCACCAGGUGACAGAGAUACGAGGGUUCAAUGAUGCACAGAAGGAGGAGUACUUCAGAAAGAGAAUCAGAGAUCAGAACCAGGCCAGCAGAAUUAUCUCACACAUCCAGUCAUCCAGGAGUCUCUACAUCAUGUGUCACAUACCAGUCUUCUGCUGGAUUUCUGCUACUGUUCUGGAGACAAUGUUGGGUAAAGUAGAGAGUGGAGAUCUGCCCAAAACUCUGACUGAAAUGUACACACACUUCCUGCUCAUUCAGACAAAAGUGAAGAAUCUGAAAUAUCUUGAUGACACAGAAAUCAUCCUGAAACUGGGGGAGCUGGCUUUUGUACAGCUGGAAAAGGACAAUCUGAUAUUCUAUGAAGAGGACUUGAGAGACAGUGGCAUUGAUGCCAGUGAAGCUUCAGUGUACUCUGGGGUGUGCACAGAGAUCUUUAAAGAGGUGCAUGGGUGUCAGGAGAAGGUCUACUGCUUUGUGCAUCUGAGCAUUCAGGAGUAUCUGGCCGCCUUGUUUGUGUUUUAUUCAUGUGUAAAUGAGAACAGAAAUGUGCUCAGAACAGAAGAAUCAAAACGUCACAGGGGCAGAGUGCAGCUGUCUGAGUUACAUGAGACUGCAGUGGAUCAGGCCUUACAGAGUAAGAAUGGACACCUGGACCUUUUCCUCAGAUACCUUCUCGGCCUCUCUCUGGACUCCAUUCAGCUGCUCUUAGGAGGACUACUGACACAGAGAGAAAGCAGAUCAGAGAGCAUCAAGAAAACAGUCCAGUACAUUAAGAGGAUGAUCAAAGAUGAAUCUUCAGCAGAGAGGACCAUCAAUCUGUUCCACUGUCUGAAUGAACUGAAUGACAACUCUGCAGUGAAGGAAAUCCAGAAUUUCUUGAGAUCAGGAAAACUUUCUCAUAAAAAGCUGGAACCCCACCAAUGUUCAGCUCUGGCCUUUGUGUUACUGAUGUCAGAGGAGAUCCUGGAUGAGUUUGACUUGAAGACCUACAAGCCAUCAGAAGCAGGUUGUCACAGACUGGUACCAGUCGUCAGGAACUGCAGGAAGGUCGUACUGAACAGCUGUGACCUAAGUGAGGAGUCAUGUAAAAUAUUGGCCUCAGCUCUCCAGUCAUCAAACUCACCCCUGAGAGAUCUGGACCUCAGCUACAAUAACCUGGGAGAUGCAGGAGUGAAGCUGCUCUGUGCUGGACUGAUGAAUCCAAACUGUAAACUACAGAGACUGGGACUGAACAGCUGUGACCUAAGUGAGGAGUCAUGUGAAAUAUUGGCCUCAGCUCUCCAGUCAUCAAACUCACCCCUGACAGAUCUGGACCUCAGCUACAAUAACCUGGGAGAGUCAGAAGUGGAGCUGCUCUGUGCUGGACUGAUGAGUCCAAACUGUAUACUACAGAGACUGGACCUCAGCUACAAUAACCUGGGAGAUUCAGGAGUGAAGCUGAUCUGUGCUGGACUGAUGAUUCCAAACUGUAAACUACAGAGGCUGAGACUGAACAGCUGUGACCUAAGUGAGGAGUCAUGUGAAAUAUUGGCCUCAGCUCUCCAGUCAUCAAACUCACCCCUGACAGAUCUGGACCUCAGCUACAAUAACCUGGGAGAGUCAGAAGUGAAGCUGCUCUGUGCUGGACUGAUGAGUCCAAACUGUAUAAUACAGAGACUGGACCUCAGCUACAAUAACCUGGGAGAGUCAGGAGUGAAGCUGCUCUGUGCUGGACUGAUGAUUCCAAACUGUAAACUACAGAGACUGAGACUGAACAGCUGUGACCUCAGUGAGGAGUCAUGUGACAUUGUGGCCUCAGCUCUCCAGUCAUCAAACUCACCCCUGAGAGAUCUGGACCUCAGCUACAAUAACCUGGGAGAGUCAGGAGUGGAGCUGCUCUGUGCUGGACUGAUGAGUCUAAACUGUAAACUACAGAGACUGGGGCUGUCAGGCUGUAGAGUCACACAGAGAGGCUGUGAUUAUCUGGCUUCUGCUCUGUGUUCAAACCCCUCACACCUGAGAGAGCUGGACCUGAGAUACAAUCACCCAGGAGACUCAGGAGUGAGAGCACUG